CCCUGUGUCGCGUCCCUCAGUGUGAGGCAGGCUCCGCUCCAGGAGGGAAGCAAGGGAGGGGAGUGGGCGCCGUCCCGGGGCCGCCAUGACCGCGCCGCUGACCGGCCUCGCUUGGACCUCGGCCAACGUGGCAAGCGCGGGAUGGACUUCGAUCACAUCAACUGUGGAAGGAACAUCCGCCAACUUUGGGAAAGGAUUUGCACAGAAGUACUACCUCUGUUAUACAUCAACAAUAAACAAUAUGAAUCCUGCAGGAGAUGUACUCUAUGACGUCAUAAUCUUGAGUGAGAAAACACCAUUGCCUACUGGAUACACUUACGUUAAAGAAUUUUCAGAUUCAAAGACAUCCAUCUCCAAGAAGAAGAGGCUGUGUGUCAAGCUAAUUCCGCUGGGUGCGGCAGAAACAGCCGUCUUUGACAUCCUGCUGAGCAGCAAAAGCAAAGUGGUCCCAAAUUACUUGCGCAUAGGGGAAAUGGGUGGAUUUGCACUUUGGUGUCGAAAGGAGUCUGUUGCCAAACCUAAACCUCUCCCUAAGCCACGGAACAUCAGUUUAGAAAUGAGAAGGCUCUCACUAGAACCAGAAAAUGCAGACCUUCCAUCAGAAAAGCCCACAGUCCCCACAAGGCCAGCGGCUCUUAAGCGACAUGAGUCAAUAUAUGAAAGUUCAAAUGUCUACGGCAUCUCGGCCAUGGAUGGAGUUCCCUUCACCCUGCACCCCAAGUUUGAGAGCAGCGUCAGUGGGGGCACUAAUGCAUUUUCUCUCUUUCAAAACUUCAAUAUCAAGUCUCUUGCUGACAUUGAGAAAGAGUAUGACUAUGGAUUUGUAGUGGAAAGAACUGCAGCCGCCAGGCUUCCGCCCAGCAUCUCAUAGCGUCAGCAGUUUCUUGAAGGAUGUGCCUUUCUGCAUUGGAGGCUCUUACCCAAACAGACAGCCAACUAACUGCAAUGCGCAUGGAAGUGCUCUUUUAUAAAAGGAAGGAACUCUUGGGGCCAGGGCUUUAGUGGUUAAAGCUUGUAAAUUAUAUUCUUGCCUACUGGAAGCUCACAGAACUCUCAGCACUAUAUCCAUUUCAUUAUUCAUAGAAGCAAAAUGUCUUCAGUAUCAUUCCUCCAUAUAUGUAUUUUCUAUGCAAAACAUAUUUUUAAAUAAACUUGCGCGCUUCCUUCUGGCAUUUCUAAA